AUGUGGCAGCAUGAAGAUGAACGCCUCCAAGACUUUCUUACCAGAUUCAAUUUAACCAAGAGUAUAGUGAUUGAGUGCCAUCCAUCCAUGGCAGUUCAGGCAUUUAAGUUGGCCAUGAUUCGCUGGACUCCGUUCCACACAAGUCUGGUGGUGAACACGCCACAGACCAUGGAUGAGUUGAAUGAAAAAGCUGAUGGUUUUGUUCCUCAUGAAGAUCCGUUAGUCAUUAGUUUGACAGUGGCUGAAUGUUUGGUACGUAGAGUUCUGAUUGAUCCUGGAAGUAGUGCGAACGUCAUACCGAGGGACACAUUUGAUCGGCUCGAGAUCAAGCCAGACCAGCUCAAGCCCACUCAGAAUCCUUUGCUAGGGUUUGAUGGAAAACGAGUGGAGCCCAUCGGUAUAGUGGAAGUAGCAGUGCAUGCUGUAGAGAGGGUUCUAAUGGAGAGCUUUGUAAUGAGAUGCCUGGGGCCAAAUAGCACCAAGGUGAUUGACAUUCAUGGGGACCAAGUUACAACUAAGGAAUGUUAUUCAGUGACACUGAAAUCUGCUGAGAAAGGAAAAGCACCUAUCGAUCAAUCUAGGCCAGAGCGAUCUACUCGAGUGGGAGUCAGACUCGCCGAAAGGGAAAAACAGGAUUUAAUUGAUUUCUUAUCUCACAAUGCUGAUGUAUUUGCCUGGAGUCACUCAGAUAUGCCCGAAAUUAGCCCUUUGGUAUCAUGUCACUCUCUGAACGUUAACCCCAAUGCAAGACCUGUAAAGCAGAAGCAGGGAAGGUUUGCUCUAGAGCGCAACCGGAUCAUAGCCGAGGAUGUUGAUAGGCUGCUUGAUGUAGGAUUCAUAAAAGAAAUGUACUAUCCUGACUGGUUGUCAAAUGUUAUUGUUGUGCAGAAGAAGAAUGGGAAAUGUCGAGUGUGCAUUGACUUCACCAAUUUAAACAAAGCCUGUUCGAAGGAUAGUUUUCCGUUGCCCAAGAUUGACCAAAUGGUGGAUGCUACUACUGGGUACGAGCGUUUAACCUUCUUAGAUGCUUAUUCAGGUUAUAAUCAGAUCCCCAUGGACCCUGCUGAUGAAGAAAAACUUUUUCGUUACCGAGCGAGGGACCUAUUGCUACAAAGGAAGAUUGUGGAAGCCUACAUUGACGACAUGGUAGUAAAAAGUAAGAAGAAAGUUGACCAUCUGAAACAUCUACAAGACGUAUUUGAUGUGUUGAGACAAUAUGGAAUGAAGCUUAAUCCAACCAAGUGCUCAUUAGGCGUGAGUUCUAGUCAGUUCCUGGGACGCGUGGUUAAUCAUAGAGGCAUAGAAGCAAGCCCUGCCCAAGCAGAAGCUCUGACUAAGAAUGCUGAGCAGAAGACAAUCAAAGAAGUGCAAGCACUUACGGGUCUGAUAGCCGCAUUAAGCUGGUUCAUUUCCAAAUUAUCAGAUCACUGCAAAUCAUUUUUUGACACAAUACGAAGCCAUGGGAGACAAGUUUAG